AUGAAGGGCAGCUGCAGGCGCCGGCCGGACCAGCGGGCCUUCAUGGAGCAGGUGCGGGAGUGCCGGGACAAGGGCUACCUGCUCUCCUCCAAGAAGAUUGGCUCGGGCACCUUCUCCAAGGUCUACCUGGCCUACGCUACAAAUGAGCGCCUACAACACAACCCCAAGCUGUCCUCUGACCUGCGGGGCAAACGCCACACCAUGGUGGCCAUCAAGAUUGUCUCAACAGCCAACGCCCCUGUGGAGCUCUCCCACAAGUUCCUGCCCCGUGAGAUCUCAUCCCUCAAUGCCACCUACAAGCACCUGAACGUGGUGCAGCUGUACGAGGCAUUCCGCAACAGCCAGCGCUCCUACCUGGUGCUGGAGCUGGCAGCCCGCGGAGACCUGCUAGGGCUGGUGAACACGGCGUCGGAGCGCCGCGGCUGCCCUGGGCUGGAGGAGGAGGAGGCCAGAAGGCUGUUCUGGCAGCUGGUCAGCGCCGUGGCACACUGCCACAGCUCAGGCAUUGUGCACCGGGACCUGAAGUGUGAGAACAUCCUGCUGGGUGCUGGAGGCCUCCUGAAGUUGACAGACUUCGGCUUUGCCCACCCCUCGGGCCUCAAGAACCAACUGCUAAGCACCUUCUGCGGUUCCGUGGCCUACACGGCCCCCGAGAUCCUCAAGAGCAGGAAGUACAGCGGGGAGCCGGCCGACCUGUGGAGCCUAGGCGUCAUUCUCUACGCCAUGGUGACCGGGAAGCUGCCCUUCAAGGAGCGCCAGCCCCACUGCAUGCUGUCCCUGAUGCGCCGCGGCCCCACCUUCCCACCUGGCCUGUCCCCAGAGUGCCAGGACCUAAUCCGCGGCCUGCUCCAGCUGCGCCCCCGCGCACGCCUCCACCUGCAGCAGGUGGCCGCGCACCCCUGGAUGCUGCCCGCCGCGCACGCGCUCUUCCGCAACCUGCCAGGCGCCGCGCCAGGUGCGGGGUCGGACCGCCGGGACCGGGUGGGUGGGCUGGCCCUCUGCUCCCGCCUGACCCCGCGGUCGCCCGCUGCAGAGACGCUGACGGAGUCCAAGCUCCCGGCGGCCACGGGCGACGCGGAGCCAAACAAGGACUCGGAGCUCCGAAGACCACUCCUGGAGCUGCGGCGCCCCCAGCGGCCAGGCGCCCCCCUGGCGUGUAACCCAAGUUCGGCGCCUGCCUUCGGGGCGCCCAGGGCGCCCGAGGCCCACCUGAGAAGAGGGGCGGCCUCCGCCGGGCUGGGGCUGCUUAGCGCAGAGGCGACCAGCGCCUCCAGGCAGACCAUGUCGCUGUGCUCCGUGACUGUCACCCCCAAAGGGCCAAGGCACUACCGGGUCAUUUGA